UGAACGGAACCAAAACAAGAAGUUCGUCGUUAGCAUGUGUCUGCUGUAGCGCAUAAGAAGGAAACUGCCCUGCAGCACCUCCAUGAGCUUUGACAUUUGAGUGGCAUUUUUAAUUUUCCCUACAUUUUACUAGGAAGGCCUUUGGAAGUCAAUAAUAUGGAAGCAAAGCUGAAGAAAGAAUUGGGGACAAGCAAGCUAAAAGCGACUGGCCAUUCAGGAGGUGGUUGUAUCAGCGAGGGCCAAAGCUAUGACACUGACUCGGGGAAAGUAUUUGUGAAGAUCAAUCACAAAAGCGAGGCUAAAUUGAUGUUUGAUGGGGAGAUGGCGAGUUUGGAAGCUAUUUUUAGAACUGAGACUGUCAAGGUCCCAAAGCCCAUAAAGGUAAUUGAGCUGGACAGAGGAGGAUGCGUGUUUGUAAUGGAACAUCUGGACAUGAAAGGCCUCAACAAGUACUCCAAGCAGCUUGGAGAGCAGCUGGCAGAUCUUCAUCUUCACAACAAGACACUUCAGGAAAAGCUACAAAAAGAGCAACAGACUGUGGGGAAAGGACCUGCUCAAUCAGAGGUUGCUGUUGUUGAGAAAUUUGGCUUUGACGUAGCUACAUGUUGUGGAUACCUUCCACAGCAAAAUGAGUGGCAGAGCGACUGGGUGGCAUUUUACUCCCAGCAGAGGCUGCAGCACCAGCUUAACAUGGUGGAAACGUCUUAUGGUGACAGAGAAACAAGGGAGCUUUGGGCCGCCCUACAACUGAAGAUCCCUCAGCUUUUCACGGAAAUAGAAAUAGUUCCAGCUCUUCUCCAUGGAGAUCUGUGGGGAGGCAAUGUGGCCGAGUGGGUGGAGGGCCCAGUCAUCUUUGACCCGGCAACUUUCUAUGGGCAUUCCGAGUAUGAGCUUGGGAUCGCUGGAAUGUUUGGUGGUUUCAACAAGUCGUUUUACUCUGCUUACCAUCAAAAGAUUCCUCAAGAUCCCGGAUUUGAAAAGAGAAACCAGCUUUACCAACUUUUCCACUAUCUAAAUCACUGGAACCACUUUGGCGGUGGCUACAGAGGAUCCUCAGUUAGGAUCAUGAAAGACCUGCUAAAAUGACUGCUGUUGCAGUCGCUUAUGGAGCGUUUUGCAGUCUUAAUCUUCAGCACAUAUGGCACACAUGUCCAUAAUUUGACGUAAACGUUUAAUAUAGAUUCCAGUCUUUUGAAUAUCACAGAUCAAAUGUGCAGUUUCUUAAAGGUGUUAAAUGUGUUUAAAUGCAAACUGUGGAAUAUAUUACAACUGAAAUAAUAAAAUGCCAAGUACACAAAAAACUUUAUUUUAUUUCUUUAAAAUGACAAUAAAAGUUGAAUUAUCUCUAAUUUUUCAGAUGAUAAAACUGUAAAAUCAAAGCUUUUGACAUUCAAAUAUGAUUGAUCUUUUCUUUGAAUAUUUUGUUCCUGAAAAUAUAUUUUUUUUUAAUUACCGGUAAAAGAGUUACUUUAAAGCAUUGUGUUCAUCUGUGAAAUGACGCAAUUCUUCUAUAUGAAUACAUGUGUUAAUUUAUGCAAUUAUAAAGAGUUGAAGUAUUUUUAAUAACGCUAACAUCAUGUAUCUUAAUCUGUAUAACAAAAUAGAAAUUACUGCUGUCAUCCAGAUGUGUGUGAAGAAGGAAUUCCCUUGUAAAUGCAAAUUAAUAGUUUAUCAUCCAUCCAUAGGUGACAACAUAGGUUGUUCUGAAAUGCUUGCUACUGAAACAACAAUAAACCAUGAAAUCAUUCAGA